CGGUUCAUAGUGUAGAAAGAAAAAUAUUUCUGAAGUCGACCAGAAUGAAUGGUUAAUUUCCCAAUUCACGUCCGAAUUCCGAAGUGCAAAACGGGUCCCGCAGUUCCUGACGAGCUGAUUCGCCCCGAUUCACUUUCAGUGUUUGUUAAAUCCCAAAUAUUUGGGCGGGUCUCGCGGUUUCCGCUCCGCUGCCCGCGACGGGCUCUGUUGGUUGCAUAACGCAGCUGGGAACCGCGACUCAUCCCACGGGACACAGUACAGCCCGGCCGCGGGAGUUUGUAUCUCGCCUCUGAAAUCGGAUCUGGACUCAAACGCGGGAAUCCCGAAGCGUACACGUUUGGAGAGUUCAACCACCUGUUAUUGAAUUCGGCACUCAGCACCGGAACCGGAAUCUGUUUCCCCACGGACUGAUUUGUGACGCGCAACGAUGGCGGCCUCUUUCCUCAGGGUCGGAGGACUUGGCUCACUCAAGGUAACUGAGUGUGUGCUGGUGGGAAGCAGGGGCACUCUGUUUCGGGUCCCCGCUGCUGCAUUCUGCGUUAAUGCUGGGGAUCCCAAAAAACCAGUAAAGAAAACGAGCAUCAAAAAGGCCAAAACCUCAGUUGAUGUGGGUCAGUUCCUGCAGCAGCGGACCCGCGUUGACUUUCCCAAGAAGGAGGCCUGGGGUGUCUCAGAAAGUCGCGCUGAAGCUGCUGCCAAAUAUGCUGCCGCUUUCCAGGCCACCGCUCCCUCAGCAGAAGCUUCUGUUGCACCCAGCGCUGAUGCAGCUCCUCCUGUUGGAGAUCCUAUUGUGGAGCUCAUUUUGCCCACUGAAGCUGAGGCUCCACAACCCUUGCCAGAAGCCGCACCUCUUGCAGCUGAAUCAGAAGCUGUGGCUGAAGCUAUGACCACAGUCAAAGCAACUGCUGCAGCUGAAGACCCUCCAGAAGAUAUUGUGGCGGCUAAAGCUGAUACUGAGGAAGUCCCUCAAGUCGUUGUAGUUGAAGCAGUUGCAGACCCAGUGGUGGCUGAAGCUGUUCUAGAGGCCACCCCUGAUGUUCCUGUGGCUGAAGCUGUUUUAGAUGCUGCUGCAGAGUUUGUCCCUGAAGCUGUUGAAGAGGUUGCUGCACUUGCUUCUGACUCCCCCGUUGAAAUGAUUUCAGAAUUGACUCAAGAUACCACCACGGCUGAAGCUGCUUCAGAGCCCACCCCGCAAGAUACCGUGGUUGAAGCUGUUCCAGAGGCAAUGCAAGAAGCUGCAGUUUCCGAAGCUCCUUUAGAGCCUGUAGCUCAAGCUGUUCCAGAGACGACCAAAGAAGCUGCUGUUGCUGAAGCUCCUUUAGAACCUGUAACUGAAGCUGCUGUUGCUGAAGUUCCUCCAGAGCCUAUGGUUGAAGCUGCUGUAGCUGAAGCUGUUUCAGAAGCAGCACCUGAAGGACCAGUCGCUGUAAAAGUGACUCCUACGACCGCGGUGGCUGAAGGUGUUCCAGAACCCGUAACUGCUGCUACAGAAGUCAUUCCCGGAGCUGUGAGCUCUGAGGAAAGUGUAGAUCCCGCCCCUGUGCCGGCGGAAGCCCCAGGAGCCGUGGAGUCGUGUGAGGCACAAGCGGAUCCAAUACAGAAGCUCUUCAUCGACAAGAUCCGCGAAUAUUCUGCCAAGAGCAAAUCCACUGGCAGUCUCGUAGAUGCCGGCCCCGAGUAUGAGAGGAACCUGGCCGAGGAGGUGAACAGACUGCAGAGGCUCUACGGAGGUGGAGAUCUCAACUCCUUCCCCGAAUUCAAGUUCCCUGAGCCCAAGCUGGAAGAGGUGUCUCCAAAGUGAAGAACCUCAAUCCCUUGUCCCAGCAUCAGCCUUUUUUUUUUUUCCCCAUUUAGUGUCCUACUGAACAUGUCCAGAAAAAAAAAAAGUGCAGGUCCAGUGACGACUCUGUCAGUCAGUGUUUUCUGUGCGUUCUGCUCAGUGGUAAUAAACGUUUUGUGAAAACA